AUGGAGAAAAAUGACCCGGAUUGUGAGUCAUUCCUGAGGCGGUACCACCUUGCUGUAGUAAUUACACUAGAGUUGGUGGCCCAGAGCUACAGAAAUGGAGAUGGGCGCCGUCCUAUGCGCAACUUUAACUUUUUUCUUUACCCCCAGGAUUGCGAGUACUUCUUGAGGCGGUACGGCUACCUGCCGCCAGUGCGACAUGCUCCGGGGAACAGAGACCGCCAGAAGAGGCGCCAGAAGUUUCUCCAGCAGAAGAUGGGUGACGUCACGCACAAACACGUCACGAUCAGACGACGUGACGCCAUCAGGAGGAAAGCUUCUAAAAGCGCGGUGAAAUUUGCGCUGAAGAGAUUUCAGGAGUUCGGCGGUCUGCAAAUGACAGGAAAAUUCGACCAACAAACACGUGAUUUAAUGGUAAGGAAACGGUGCAACCGUGCUGACCCGGUCUCUAUGGUGAUGACCCGGAGUUCCAGGAGCGUCACAGGUGACGUCAUGGCGAACACGGGGACCGUCCAACCUGUACCCUGGCAGAAGACGGAUCUGACGUACCGCAUCGCCCAGUACCCGGGGGAGAACCAUUUGUUACACAGUGAGGUGGACGAAGCCAUCGCUCGUGCCUUUCAGAUUUGGGAAGAAGCGACGCUCCUGACCUUCACCGCCAUCGACACGGUGGCUGACAUCGAGAUCAAGUUCGCCCGCGGUGACCAUGGCGACGACACGCCCUUUGACGGCUCGGGGCACACUUUAGCGCAUGCGUUCUCGCCCGGCGAAGGUAUCCAUGGUGACGUGCACUUUGAUGAUGCCGAACUGUGGACCGUGGACUCCCCCAUGGGCACGAACCUGUUCAUGGUGGCUCUGCACGAGUUCGGACACAGCCUCGGUCUGAACCACUCGGACAACACCGACUCCGUCAUGUAUCCAUGGUACCCGGGUUACCCGGGGUCAUCCUUCAGACUUCCCGCGGUUGACGUCAUGGCCAUCCAGGCCCUAUAUGGAGCAACUUAACUUAGAUGAAACAUUAUGUGGAAGGAGGGACGAAAGACCUACCAACGAUCUAGCAUCUUGGAUUCUUCAAGGCCUUAAGUUAAAGGAAAUCGGAUUCAUUUUGACAUAAGACAUAUAAGUCAACAUCUAUACGACAUUAUCAUACAAUAUGUUUUAUGUAAUACUUUUCAGACUAUGUUAGGUAACUAUGGGGUAGCAGAUGGUAAUUGUAAUAUAUAAAACGUUGAAGAAGUUUGAAGUUGAGAAAUAUAACUUUGAAUAUUAUAGCUUUAGAGAUAUGCUAGAAUAUCACGUAAGAAUUCAGCAAAUGAUAAUACCUUCGAUGAUGCUAAUGCGUGUGCGGGGCCUGUGGCCUUAUAUUAGAGAGUGUCAUAUUUAUGUUUGUGUCACUGCCUUUCUUUUAUUAUAUGCAUAUGCACAAAUACUCCUUAAAAUUUA